AGACCUACGUAAUAAGUGAUGUGGGCGCUAUAAAAUGAUAAAUAAUGAUAAUUAUAACAAAAUGCAAUAACGUUGUAAUUCACUACUGAGCACCACAGUGCAACCUCCUCACGUACUUCACGCAUGCGGCAUGCGUAGGCAUGCGCACACGGAAGAACGUGUCCCUCGCAAUGUACUCUGGGCAAUGUAGUCCGCACAGGGUUAGUUCGCUUCCUUCCACCCUGGUAUAGCGUUGUGAGGGACUCUACUUCCCGAUGCGCCUUGCGACACACGUGUAGCCGGUUUUCAUAUGCGUUGCAUCAGCUGUGGCUUUUGGGCUGCUUGCAGGUAGAGAAGUAUUUGUUCGCUGAGUGAACAUGAAGUUGUUCGUGGGCGAGGGGAACCCUCAUGGGGUGAAGGUGUUGGCUGCUGCCGCUCUCUGGGCUGAACAUGUACAUAUCAACAGGCUACAGCAGGAAGAAAAGAUUGUUCCUUUUAUGUCACAACCAAGACUGCCAGCACUGGACUUGGAAAAUGGAAAUUAUCUCUUCUUAUCUAAUGCAGUCUGCAGAUACUUCUACUUGUCAUCUGGUCAUGAUGUGUGCAAUCUAAGUAAUCAGUGGUUGGAAUGGGAAGCAGUCGAGCUUCAGCCAGCACUUUCUGCUGCAUUAUAUGCACAUGUGGUUCAGGGAAGGAAAAAGGAAGAAGUUAUAGCAUCUCUCAGUGCAUCACUUAGUCAUCUGGAUCAAAGCCUUGCAGGAAAGCCCAGUCCGUACCUUGUCAAAGAUGCACUCACUGUUGCUGAUAUUGUUGUGUGGGGCUCUCUCUAUCCUCUUAUUGAGGACGCGUCUAGUCUGCCAGAAGAGAUGAAAUUACUUAAGCAUUGGUUUCAAACUGUAAGUCAGCUAGAACAGUGCCAGAAAGCUGUAUCAUUCCUAAUGAAAGAUGGGGGUUCUUCAGUCUUCAAGCCUUACCUCCAGAAGCAGCCUGUACCCAUUACCCCAUCUGGCAAACCAACCUGCAAUGAGCAUGAGGGAGAGGACAUGGCAUCUCUGUCUGAGGAGGAUAUUCAAGCUGCUGCUAAUGCUUGGGCUAAAGGUCUCACUGGUGCUCAAAAGCCAAAGCAGCGACUCCACCCAAUCCUGCCUGUGGAAGGAGAAAAAAAUGUACUUAUCACUAGUGCGCUGCCCUAUGUGAAUAACGUUCCGCACCUUGGAAAUAUCAUUGGUUCUGUGCUCAGCGCUGAUGUUUUUGCUAGGUACUGCAGGCUGCGCAACUGGAACACUCUAUACAUAUGCGGAACAGAUGAAUAUGGCACAGCCACAGAGACCAAGGCUAUGGAGGAAGGUUUAACACCCCAGCAGAUCUGUGACAAGUACAAUGCUGUGCACACUGCUAUAUAUCAGUGGUUUGACAUCUCUUUUGACUUUUUUGGACGGACGACAACCCAGCACCAAACCACUAUUGCCCAGGACAUCUUCCAUCGACUUCUUAAGAGGGACUUUCUACUGACCGACACUGUGGAACAGCUUCGCUGUGAGACAUGCCAGAGGUUUUUGGCUGAUCGCUUUGUGGAAGGAACAUGUCCUUUCUGCAACUAUGAAGAGGCUAGAGGAGACCAGUGUGACAAAUGUGGGAAGCUCAUAAAUGCUGUAGAAUUAAAGAAACCACAAUGCAAAGUUUGUAAGAAGUCCCCUGUCAAAAAAUCCUCCAAGCAUCUCUUUUUGGACCUUCCAAAGCUAGAGAAGCGUUUGGAGCAAUGGUUGGAAAAGUCCUUCUCAUCUGGAGACUGGACAUCAAAUGCCCGUUUUAUAACUCGCUCAUGGAUACGUGAUGGACUGAAGCCUCGUUGCAUCACACGGGAUCUGAAAUGGGGCACGCCUGUGCCACUGGAUGGUUUCAGAGACAAGGUGUUCUAUGUCUGGUUUGAUGCUCCCAUUGGCUAUAUUUCUAUCACAGCCAACUAUACAGAUCAGUGGGAAAAGUGGUGGAAGAGUACUCAACAGGUCCAGCUUUAUCAUUUCAUGGCAAAGGACAAUGUUCCCUUUCACAGUGUAAUCUUCCCUUCCUGCCUUUUGGGUGCAGAAGAUAACUACACGCUGGUCAACCACAUCAUAGCUACAGAAUAUUUAAAUUAUGAGGAUGGAAAAUUCUCCAAGAGUCGAGGAGUUGGUGUAUUUGGAGAUAUGGCAAAGGACACUGGUAUCCCUGCGGAUAUAUGGAGAUUCUACUUACUUUAUGUCAGACCGGAGGGACAAGACAGUGCUUUCAGCUGGAGUGAUCUCAUGCUCAAAAACAACUCUGAGCUGCUUAACAACCUUGGCAAUUUUGUCAACCGGGCUGGUAUGUUUGUGCAAAAGUUUUUCAAUGGCUGUGUUCCUGAAAUGGAGCUGCUUUCAGAAGAUAAGAGGCUUCUGGCCCAAGUAGCAGCAGAACUGCAGCAGUAUAACCAGCAUCUGGAGAAAGUUCGCAUCCGAGAUGCUCUUCGGUGUAUUCUGAACAUUUCACGUCAUGGAAAUCAGUACAUUCAGGUUAACGAACCAUGGAAAUGCAUCAAAGGAAACCAACAAGAGCAGAAGAGAGCAGGUACAGUGACUGGAGUGGCUGUAAACAUGGCAGCUCUUCUCUCAGUUAUGUUGCAUCCAUACAUGCCAACGGUCAGCGGUCUUAUCCAGGAGCAGCUGCUAAUGCCUCAAGAAUCUAAAGUGUUAACUACUGACUUCUGCUGCCGUCUGCAAAGUGGGCACCAAAUUGGAAAUGUGAGUCCACUGUUCCAGAAGUUGGAGAAUGACCAGAUAGAAUCCUUGCGCAAACGUUUUGGAGGAGGGCAGCUAAACGGUGACAACACUGAGCCACAGGUGAAAACUGAGUCAAAAGCACCUCCAUGCCAGGAGGCUCCCCUGAAGGAAGCACCCAAAGCCUCUGGCCCAGAAAGAGUAAAGGAGCUGAUGCAGGAGGUGGAAAAACAGGGUAACCUUGUGCGGGAGCUAAAAGGCAAGAAAGCAGAAAAGUCCACCAUUGAUACCGAGGUGCAAAAGCUUCUAGCGCUAAAGAAAGAGCUAGCGCUCGCAGAAGGGAAAUCACCGGAUCCUCCCGCGCAGAAGGGCAAGAAAAAGAAAUAGACUGGUUUUUCUACAUCCUGUAUUUUAUUACCUGGGCAGCAAUGGACAGGCCAGCGAUACUCUGUGUGGAGACACACUCUGCCCCACCUGCAGCAGGGAGAAAGUUAAACAAGGGAACACUCUUUUAAAUUAAAUAUUUUGGUCAUUCUUU